GUCACGCUGCACACACGCUGUGCUCAGGUCACGUUUCGCUCACGUUCGCCCGGCUCACGAAGUUUCACCGGUCUCACGCUGCAAAGUACAAAAUUUAGGUCAUGAUCGCGCACCAUUAUGAUAAUUUCACUGUCAGCUUUUUUCAUUUUGAUGAGCGCCAUGAUCAUUGAUACAUCAGCGUUUGGUAAAAAAGCGAGAAAUAUCGAGACAAAUGGUAUAGGAAAGGAUGAAGAGGAUAGUAACGAUGACCUGAUGCCUCGGUUCGCGGAGCCUAUACCCAACGUGACCGUUACAAUAGGCCGUGACGCUCUUCUUGUUUGUGUUGUAGAAAAUUUGAGAGGUUUCAAGGUGGCGUGGGUGCGAGUGGACACGCAGACAAUCCUGUCGAUCCACCAUAACGUGAUCACGCAGAAUCCCCGGGUGAGCCUCUCGUACAACGACCAUCGCUCGUGGUACCUGCACAUCAAGAAGGUCCAAGAAACCGAUCGAGGGUGGUAUAUGUGCCAAGUCAACACCGACCCCAUGCGCAGCAAAAAAGGCUAUCUCCAAGUUGUUGUUCCUCCGAGUAUCGUGGAUAGAGAUACAAGCACGGACAUGGUGGUGAGAGAAGCGGCUAAUGUUACGCUGACAUGCAAGGCGGCCGGGUACCCCGAGCCCUACGUCAUGUGGAGGAGGGAGGAUGGAGUUAAUAUCAAUUUCAACGGACAAAACGUGAAUGUGGUGGAUGGAGAGACUUUGCACAUCAGCAAGGUGAGUCGGCUCCAUAUGGGAAUAUACCUAUGCAUCGCUUCGAAUGGUGUUGAGCCGUCUAUAAGCAAGCAGGUUUCGCUCAGGGUGCAAUUUCCACCAGAAUUGACCAUUCCAAACCAGCUUGAGGCGGCAUAUAUCGGCCAGGACGUUUCUUUGGAGUGCCACACUGAGGCGUACCCCACAUCAAUCAACUACUGGACAACCGAAAGAGGAGACAUGAUCCUUUCUGGCAUGUCUGUUUUAGGUGAGAAGUAUGAGGCGUACACGAAGCACGGAGAGGACAAAGACUACAAACGGCACAUGUUCCUGAAAAUUCGCAAAGUUAACAGGACCGAUUUUGGCUCUUACCAGUGCGUCGCCAAGAAUUCCCUUGGGGAAACUGGUGGACAAAUAAAAUUGGAAGAAAUUCCGGCUCCUUCGACAACCGCAGCGAGCACCCCAGCUUUCGACGAUGAAAAUACCAUCAAAAAGAUUGAUGACGAAGACUCAUCGACAGCGUCCCUUGGAGGUUCCAGUUCGGGUAUUGCAGGCGCAAUCAGUGGUGCAGAAUCACUUUAUCAAUCCUCUAACUACACGGCCACUCUGAGCCUUGGCUGUAUACUUUUAUCUUUUUUGUACACUCUCAAAUUUAGAAGCUGACAAUGAACUUUCGAAUUUAAAUUUCAAUGCGGUCCCUAGGUUAUAUGCAAAAUAUUCUUCUACUGUCCCAUGAACAGCGACGGCGAAGCUUGAAUGAUCGGCUAUCUAUGUUAUCCAAUUUGAAUCCGUGGUAAAGAAUCGACCAUUAAGGUGUUUUGCGUGAACAGCCUGAUAAUCGAUUCUUUUCCAUAGGUUUAAAUGGAAGUUUAAUCGAUUAAUUGCAAUGCACAAAACGCCACUGAUGAACAGUUGAAUGUCGCUAUUGAUUUAUUCGACAAUAUUCAACAUACUUUAUCUAAAUAAUUCUCAAAUUGGGCGACCUUGAUAAUUACUCUUCUUUGUGCUGUUAUACCGAACAUACUUGAAACUCAAACAUUUUGAUACUUGAAACUGUUUGUAACAUUAGUUGAUCAUGAUCAGGCAUGCCAAUACCGAGUGAAUCGUUUAUUUCGUGUUUUUCCCUGUAUCCUCUCUUUCAUCCAAUCUAAUUUACUCCAAAAACAAAUAGUGUUGCAAAUAGUGUUGAUCAACCUUUGCUGAGUGUGGGAGGAGGGGGGUCGUCUCCAGGCCGUCACGCGACCCAAAUCUAAUGGGAGUCCUUAAAAGGCCGCUUCCUAUCUAAUGUUUUAAACAUUUAAUGAAAACGGACUCAUAUAGAGACUAUCAUGUACUGAGGGACGCGCAAAUCCUGGAAAUCGACCCAGCGCAUCACUGGAAUAAACUAUGAUAAAAGAAAGAUUAAAAUUUAAUAUGUUUUCCAACAUUAUUGAAAGCUAGCUAAUAAUAAAGAAAAUCAAAGGGAGCGGGCUUAUCUAGUAGUUAUUGUUUAUCAAUAUCCGGUAAAUUCAUGACAUUUGGCACAAUAAAUUGCACAGCCGAAACACAAUAACUUGAGGGAAAUAAUUAAUAGAUGACUUGAUUUUUUGUGGAAGCCCGAAUCUGAAAACGCAUAAAGCACAAAAUCAUUGGCGCACAGAAUAGUUCCAGUCUUUCAAAACAGCAGUGGCUUUUUGAAGAAAGCCGCUCUUACGUGCACCUAUUGUAAAAUUUUACAUAUCCUCGUUGUUGGAUUAAUGUCCGUGUGUCAAUUUCAGAGAGGAAUGGUCCAAUAAUUCAACAUAUUUUGUUUCAUUCUAGCGAGUGAGAUGUAGUUUUUUACAAUGUACUUCAUGCAUUACGUAUCAUGUACAUAAGCAGAAAUAGUUUUCAUGAUUUUAUGUAAAGCACUAUAUUAAUUGUUAAUUUUAAAAUAGCAUCGACCUAAAGUUUGUAGAUAUUUGUAAAUAAAAUGAAAUGUUGAUGAAAAUUAAAAAAA